AAGUUGGGGAGGGUACGAUGGCGUAAGCAUAGUCAAUGGGACACUGGUGCUAUUUGAUGUAUUGACCCACAAAUACAUCAAUGCCUAUUCGCCUCCACCUUCCGUGGUGAAUCACCGGAAGCCCACUCCUGGAUCCCCGACGUCAGGAUCCGGGUUAGACUCUUCUACCUCAGCAAAACCCAUUAUCAUUGGAGCGUCGUGCGCAGUAGUAAUCGUCCUCGCAGCCAUGGCUGCAGCCUUGAUAUUCUUGUCCCAAAAGCAGAAAAAACUGAAAAAUAAUAACUGCAAAGGAAUGACCGUGGGAAAAAAGGGCCACGAAAGAGAUGUUCUAGCUCGCAACCCACAGUGUCAAUCCCAGGUUCAACGCUCUCCCCAAGAAGUUCUUCCUAAGGCAGCCGCGUCUCGUGAAUGGGGUGAAAAUCAGCAUGAGGAUUCAACUAUGGAUAAUACAUCUCUCUCAAUGCAGCAAAUAGAGGAGCGUGAGAGAGAAAAGCAGAAGCUAAUGCUGGCUAUCAGAGAACAACAAGCCCUGAUUCAACAGCAUCAGAUAUUGCUUGGUCCAUCAUUGAAUUACCAUAGCCCACAAACCUACCUGACAGGAAUGCCAUCAGAGCAACAACGACAAUGGCUGCCGCAGCAACAAGGACAGUUGCCAAUAGUACACUCUUCAUUGUUUGUACCUACAAAUCCAUCGUUUCGCGACCCACAAUCGAUGCCUAGAAACUGGUAAAACAGUGCCACUAAAGCCAUCACAACAAUAAUAAAAAAAACCCCCAACAUUGCAUUC